AUGUGCGAGCUGGUGUUGGCGUGCGCGAUCGUGCGCGGGACUUGCGGGUGCCCCUGUGCCACCCAGCGGCGGCGGCGGCGGCGGCGGCGGACGCUCGUGGAAUGGAGGAACGGAGGACGGGCUGCGGACACCCAGAUGUGCUCGGGGCCGGCGGACGCGCUGACUGUGUGUAGCUACCACGGUUCGUGGGGCGGGCAGGGGGCGGGGGCGGCAGGGGGCGGGGCGGGGGCGGGCGGUCGACGAGCGGCCGGGCGGCGCGGCGGCGGGCGGCGGUGGCGGUCUCUGAGGGGUUGGAACCGAGAACUACCGCCACCCGCGCCGCCGCCGGCGGCGGUUCCUCGCGCCAACACGCCGCCGCGGCGCGCGCGGGUCCGUGCUUCCGGUCCUGUGGCGUGUCCCGUGACGCGCGUGCCCCUACCGCCCGACUCUCCGCGCCUCCAUUUCGGCAGAUUUUGA